AUGGCACCAAGCGCUGUAACAGACACUCCACCAGAGAGUCUCUCUUCUGGGAAGCCAACAGUCUAUGUUAUGGACGCAUUCCACCCUCAAGUUAUGGCAUACUGCCAAGAGAACUUCAACGCCAUUACUCCCGACAACCCCAAACAUAGCCAGUGGAGGCAAGAAGCACGCUACCUCCUCAUGAGAUCCUCUCGUCUGACUGCAGAGGAUGUCAAGGCUUGUCACAACUUGAUCGCCAUCGGCAAGCAAGGCGUUGGCAUUGACAAGAUUGACGCUGAUGCCUGCGCUGCUCGGGGGAUCAAGAUCUUCAACACUCCUGGUGUUAACGCCCGUGCAGUUGCUGAGCUUGUGUUGACGCUGGCUACUGCAUCUGCUCGCCAGGUUGGCUCUAUUGUUGCCAAGCAGUCUUCGGGUAUCCUUGUACCCAAGGAGAAAUGCUCUGGCUUAAUUCUGCAUCGCAAGACGAUCGGCAUUCUCGGCAUGGGCAACAUCGGCAAAUGCGUUGCCAGUAUCUUCCGAGGCGCUUUUGAAGCAGAUGUUAUUUCCUAUGAUCCCUUCCUCCCUGCCGACGCCUGGGCCGAUAUUCCUCAUCAGCGAGCCAGUUCUGUUGAAGAGGUUUUGGAGACUUCAGAUGUCAUCACCGUUCACAUGCCUCUUACUCCACAAACAAGAGACCUCAUUAGCUAUUCUGAGAUGAAGAGGAUGAAGCGGACAGCUAUUGUCAUCAACACCGCACGUGGAGGUAUCGUCAACGAGCAUGAUCUCAAGCGCGCAUUAUCAGAAGGUCUCAUCUGGGGUGCUGGUCUUGAUUGUCAUGAGGAAGAACCACCAAGCUAUGAGAGGUAUCACUCACUUUGGGAGGUUGGAGCUGUUAGUACGCCUCAUAUUGGAGCUGCGACGGCGGAAACACAGAUGCAAACGGGAAUGGCAGCAGCGAGAUAUUUGUUGGAGUUUGCGCUAAACAACCCAUGA